GGAAGAUAAUAUGACGGGGGCGGAGGAUUCUUCCGCCGGUUCUUCUUCUUCCGAUGAUGAUUCCGACGAUACGAAGUCUGGUGAUGAACUUGCUUCCAUGGCGGCUGGACCCCCGGGCGAUGUUCCUCGUUACAAAAUUGACCUAAGGCUAAUUAGGGAAUGGCGGCAGAAGCUAACUUCUCACAAUAGGGCCCAAAUUCCAGACCCAAUGAAUUUCCGUUUGCGGGCUGGGCUUCACCCAAUGCGCCAUGUCCCUCGGAUGGUCGUAGUCCACCUAGAUUCGGUUAAGGCUGGGCUUAGAUUCCCAUUGCACCCCUUUUUUGUUUCGUUUUUAAAUUUCUAUGAAAUCGUACCAGCCUAAGUUAUGCCGAACUCCUAUCGGGUGAUGGCUGGAUUUAUUUGCCGUUGUGUAGAUGUUAAGGUUACACCUAAUUUAGAUUUAUUCCAACAACUUUUUAAAGUAUCCCCCCAGCAGACCCAUGGCUACCUAGUCGUCACUGCCCAAACGGGUCAUAUACUUUUAAGGGCAAUCUAACCUCAAUCAAGGGGUGGAAAGAUCAGUUCUUCUCCGUUUCUGUCCCGGACGGUCUGAUUCCAAACAACUGGAAUGCCUUUCCUCGUAAAUCACCAGAUCCGAUUCUUACUGAGAUGAUUUGAAAGGACAUUUUUGCAGUGGAGGAAGGCAAAACCUGCAACAUUCUAGCAUAUCUGACCCCCGAUCAACUUAUCAAGGAUGGGAUAGGUACUGCCCGCACUCUUGGGUCUACUUGUCUAAGAACCAAGUACCAUGGGUCGGGCGGUCCUUCCCGUGCGAGAAACGUUCUGAUCCCCUUUGUUUCCCACGUGAUAAGACCGCUCGGUACUAACAUUUUCCUUUGUCAAUUUCAGCUCCCAAUCGAGACAAUCCCAUGGAUAACAGUCGUGUGUUAGCAGCCGGUGGAGUGGGAAAAAGGAAGAAGGCCAAGAAGAACCCCAAGGCCAACCCUUUCACCGCCACUAAUCAAGAUGUUGGGUCUUCUCAGCCUGUUCAGGAGCCUAAUCCCAUUCAACAGGUUCCCCAUCAGGACCAACUCGAAGAUAUGCUGAUCGACGAUCGGUUUGGGUCCGAUCAGCUGCAUCAUUUUACUGAGCAUUUUCAGGCCGCUCAGGAUGCCAUUAUAGACGUGGGUGAAACCCACACUGUUCGAACGGAUCUCUCUAGCAGCUCUCGUUCAUGAAGUAUUGGAGAAAGCUGGUUGUUCUGCGAGCCAAGUCUGGUCCACCUCCGCUUUCUUCAAUAACUUUGCCAUCCCUCAGCUGCUGGUCGACCAGGCAGAGGAAUGUUUUGCCUUAGCGGCCUUGAAGGUGGGGAUAUAUAGCUUGCAGUUGAGGGAGACCCGGCUGGCCAAAGAGCGGGAUCUGAUCGUUGCUCAGACUUCAGCCGAACAAGCUCUUACUGCCGCCCUUGCAAACUCUGAG